GAGGAAGGGAAGGGGGCGGGGAGCUACGGGUGCGCGCGUGGACGGCGGCGUGAGGAGAAAGGUUCGGCGGGGCCGGUGUGACCCGGCUUGGCCCAGCCCGACCCGACCCGACCCGGCCCGGUAGCGGGCGAGCACAAGAAAGACCAACCUAGACCUCGUUUCUGCUGCACCCUUGAGGAUGCUCUCAUUGUUUAGCUUACCUUAGAAAAGUGAGUCAAGCCAAGCUGAACAAAGAUUUUUUUUUUUUCACUGCUGAAAAGGAACUGCAAUGGAGAGUACAGUCUCCGUCACUUCCCUUGUAUCAUUUUCCAUACUGCUGUGUGAAUGUUACAGUCAUGGAUUGGAGACAGCGACUGUUGUGCAUACAUCAGAGAGAACUUUUUCAGAAAAAGCAUCUUGCAUUAAUACCGACUUGGCAGGGUUAAUACAGAAGUUUCACCUUCACGAACUUUUUCAUCGCUAUGGAGAAAACAACUCUCUGUCAAUUGAAGGGUUUAGAAAACUGCUCCAGAACAUAGGUAUAGAUAAAAUGAAAAGGAUUAAAAUAGACCAUGAUCACGACCACGAUCAUCACCAUCACAAUCGUGUUUCUUUGAGUAAAAUCCCCGAGCGGGCUCUUUGUCGCGGCCACGAAUCUGAUGCUAACAAAGACCACAGGGGCACUCACUCCAAGGAACCUCAUAAAGCAGAGAAUGCAGAACAUCAGCAGAACUUUGUCCGCAGCAAGAACACUGCAAAUGAAAUAACAGAGCCUGUCAUCACUGCCCCCACAGAUGGCCACUCCGAGCUGCAGAAUGUACAGUCUGGAGAAGUCAAGGCGGUUGCUCGCUUAGGUCUGACCAGCUCUGGUGCUGCCAAUGUCACAGGUGGCAGCAGUGCAGGCUGGCUUGCUAGCAGCAAAACAAAUGAAUCUCACACUUCUCCCAAGGAAUCAGAAAGAGGAAGUUCCCUGUAUUCUAAACUGAGAAACCAAAACACCCAGGAGUGCUCCAGUGCAUCAAAACUGAUGCAGUCUCAUGGAAUAGGCACUCAGGUAUUGCUGACUGCUACAGAAUUUAGUUACCUCUGUCCAGCUCUUAUCAAUCAGAUUGAUGGCAAACACUGCAUAGUCCAUGCAACUACUGAAAAGGCUGAAAAUCCUCCAAAAAGCUAUUCUCUGCAAAUAGCUUGGAUUGGUGGCUUUAUCUCCAUCUCAGUCAUCAGCUUUCUUUCCUUAUUGGGUGUUAUAUUGGUACCUCUGAUGAAUCGCGUGUUUUUCAAAUUUCUCCUGAGUUUUCUUGUGGCAUUGGCUGUGGGAACUUUGAGUGGAGAUGCUUUCUUACAUCUCCUUCCACAUUCUCAUGGAAACCAUCACCAUCACCAUGAAAAACCUCUGCUUGAACAAAACAAAGACUCAAUGUUCAAACAUCUCGUUUUCCAAAGUACAGAGGAGAGUGCUUACCUGGAUUCUACAUGGAAGGGACUCACAGCACUUGGAGGCUUGUAUUUCAUGUUUCUAGUGGAGCAUUUGAUCACUUUAAUAAAGCAGUUCAAAGACAAGAAGAAAAAGAAAAAAAAUGAAGAUGAUGGAGAAAGCAAGAAGUUCUCAGCAAAUGAGGAAAAGUUAGAUACAGAUGAUCGUCCUGAGGUCUAUCUAGGGACAGACUCUCAAGAUCCAUCACCCUUCAUGUCUCAGCAGCCAGCUUUACAAGAGGAAGAGGAAGUGAUGAUAGCUCAUUCUCAUCAGGAAGAGGUUGACAAUGAAUAUGUGUCCAGGGGCUGCAGAAACAAAUGUCAUUCUCACUUACACGAUACUCUGGGACAAACAGAUCAUCUGAGUCAUCAUCACCAUGACUACCACCAUAUUCUGCAUCACCAUCAUCAUCAGAACCAUCAUCCUCACAGUCACAGUCAGCGCUACUCCCGUGAGGAAUUGAAGGAUGCUGGGAUAGCAACUCUGGCAUGGAUGGUGAUUAUGGGAGAUGGCUUACACAAUUUUAGUGAUGGCCUAGCAAUUGGAGCAGCCUUUACUGAAGGGUUAUCUAGUGGUCUAAGCACUUCUGUGGCUGUAUUUUGCCAUGAAUUACCUCAUGAGCUCGGAGAUUUUGCUGUCCUUCUCAAAGCUGGUAUGACUGUGAAGCAAGCUGUGCUUUACAAUGCUCUGUCAGCUAUGCUGGCCUACCUUGGGAUGGCAACUGGGAUCCUUAUCGGCCAUUACGCAGACAAUGUUUCCAUGUGGAUAUUUGCACUUACUGCUGGCUUGUUCAUGUAUGUGGCUCUUGUGGAUAUGGUGCCUGAAAUGCUCCACAAUGAUGCCAGUGAUCAUGGAUGUAGCCGCUGGGGAUACUUCCUGUUACAGAAUGCUGGGAUUCUGUUGGGCUUUGGGAUAAUGCUGCUUAUCUCUGUAUUUGAACAUAAGAUUGUGUUCAGCAUAAAUCUGUAAUCCUAGCUGCCAGAAUGAUCUUGGUGUUAAAUUAUAAGUGGUAGGUUCUUUCUGUUAAAUUCCCAACUGGAGCGGUACAUUUGAUAUAGACUAGAUAUUUUUAUUGGUGUGCUUUGUUGUGUCCCUCCCUGGCUUCUCCCCUGGUUAGAGAUGAGCACUAAGUUUUUCUUCUCUUAGGACUUAGCAUUGCAUAUGGUACUUUGGAAAGCUGUACUUAGUAAAACAUGGUGAAAGUGCCAAAUCUCUUAAAGGAGUAUUGUUUGGCAGGUUAGGGUUUUGGGGUUUUUUUUAGUAAAUUUAUUUUCUGUAUGUAAUGUUUUUUUACUUCAAUGGUUUUGUUGGUUUAAAAAAUACAGUGGUUUUUAUUUUAGCACAAUCAGAAUCAGUGGAUGCAAAGCACAGUGAGCAGUUUACAAUAACAAAAAAAAAAGACAUGUAAUGGGCAGCCUGUGUUUGUAUUGGUAGAAACUCAUCUCUUCAGUGUCCACCUGGUUUACACGGAGUGGCAGAUGAGUCCACUCCAUCCUCUUUGCAGUGGUUUCAUUCUCAAUAGCUUAUGGAUUCUUUGUGGUUUGAGUUGGUUUCUACUCCAAAUUGUUGUAAAAUCCUGUUUUAAGUUUUUGUGCCAUAUGUUUUACCCGUUUUAUUUCCCAAAAUGGCAACAAAACUACAGCUAUUAGACUGUAAAAGCACAGCUCUAGCUCUGCUAUGUGUGCAUUCCAUCAAAAAGACUUUUAAAGUAGUGCUGUAUCUCACUUAUGGUGCCUGAAAUGGUGAAGGUGUAUUAAAAUCUGUUUGAUGACAAGAAGAGGAGUGCCACAGGCUGAGACAAGCAGUCGUUUAGAACAGCAUCCUUCAGUAAAAUAUUGAUUUACUUUGGGAAAUGAGCCAAAUGGGAGAGCUGACUAUUUCUAGUUCAGUGUGACUGCACACAUACCUUUGUUUGCAAAACAGCUGUGUUCUUUGGAUCUUCUGGCUUUAGUUGUUGCAAAAUAAUAAGAAUUCUUUUGUAUAGGGAAGCAUAUAUAGGGGAACAGCAUGUUAAGCAUAAUUAAAAGCCUAUACCUAGGUGUGUAAUAUGAGUUACAGUUUUAAUAUUUUAAUGACCCUGAAAUUAGCUGAAGGAAGAAGGAUGAAAAAGACAAUUGCAAAAAUAAAUUCUGUGAGCAUUAGACACACUUUAUAUUGUGAAGAAAUAACAGAAUUAGUCUUUUCUAAUUUUCUGAGGGUUUUUAAAGAACUUAUUUUUUAUUUGACUUCACCACUUCUUCAAAUCAUCAGCUGAGUAAAAUGCCUGGAACAAAGAGAAAGAAGAACAAAGAAUACCAUGUCUGACAGGUUAAAAGAGUUUGGCAUCUGUUGGUCUGUAAUAACACAAAAGCCAAACCUACUGUGUCACUUCAGAAAUGGAUGUGUGGAAUGAAUCAAGAGGUUUUGAUAGCUUUUUACUGGUUAAAGAAUGGGAAUUGCAGAUGUUUCUACAGCCAGUGGGAUAUUGGCUUUUCCUCCUUCAGUUUUUACUCAUCUUAAGAAGACAGAUUUGAUCAUCCUUCCACAGUGAUGAACUCCUGUUCCUUGCUUGCUUGGAAAUUUAGGGGACAGAGAAAGAUACCCUUCCUUCUGCUCUGUUGGUACCAUCCUUAGGGGAGCACUAAGCUGUGGUGGGAUCUUACCAGCUCCCCCAGAUCUGCACGUUUAUGAACCUGUGUAUCUCUUUGUUUGGUGAGCAGUUGUUUGGAAUCAGAGACUUCUGGGAGUGCUCAUCUUCCUUUGCCCCCAACUUAACUUUCCAUCACUAAAAGCUACUCUGGUACUGGGCUUUCAUCUCUGUCAAGAACAGCAACAAAAUACAGGUGCAUUCCCUCCCUUCAUCAAGCUCUUUGCAUUUUUUGUCUUUAUUCUGUGCUGUUUGCACUUUCUUUGAGCCUCAGGUCUAUUUUUAAAAGCACACUUCUGAGCAGAAAGGUCAUGCCAUGGUGCUAAAUUUCUAUUGCAGCUCCUUGAUCACCCAUCCUGUGCUCAUUUUACUCUUAUAGCAGUAGUAUUCUAGUGUUCACAAGCUUGAAUUAGUAACAUGUGUGAUAAAAAAAUGGAUAUGUAAAUAUAUACACACCAAUUGUUUCUGUAUUAUCCAUGCUUUUAAACUCAUUAUUUAUUUAAACUCUAUGAAGAGAAAGUAACUUCUUUUUUUUCAGUCUAAACUCUUAUGAUACUUCUGCCCUUACCUAUACUACAUUCAUUUCUUGUCUAUGGUGUAGCUAAAUUCUCCCUAAAACUCACCUGCUGGGUUUCCUCUUUCUUUUCAUCUUUGCUAUCUCUAAUGCUUGAAUACCAGAAUCUUUGGCUCACUGAAAGCAGUUUUAAUUCUGGCAUGUUCUCAUCACUGCUUUCUUCUUCAGAAAAAUAAGUUCUAAACAGCCACGCUGACCCAUGCUUACACACACACACAAAAUCUGUCAAAAUGGAAUUUUUCAUGCCUCCACUACUGCAUUUUCCUGCACUGACCUCCAGUCUUGGCAGUCCCUCCUCAUUCCAGAUAGGUCAAAAUGUGGCUGCUUUUCCUCUGGAGGUAUCUUCCUGAUGUGUCCCUCAUGCAGCUGAAUGUGUCAUCCUUUGGAGUGCUCUGGUUUGACCCUGACCUGUCUAGAUGAGUCUUGCCUUUGCUUGAAUAACAGUGCUGGUCUCUGUAGCCAGUGUGUGCCUCAGGUUGUGCUCUUGUAAUGCUUCUCAUGAGCAAGAUGUGUUCUUGGGGGGGGAAUAUUAAAAAAAAUCAGUAGUUUUUUUCCCCCUCCUUCCCUUCAAACCUCUCAUUCUAGUUUUGCUCUGUAGAAAUGCAGUGUCUGAGAUGCAACCUGACUGAUUCCUAGGGGGGUUUUGUAGGGCUUCAGCAUUCUUUACUAGUGGUCAGGGUGGGUCUUUUGCCUUCUGUCCUGCACCCUCAGCCCUUAAAGAACUUGGGCAUGUUCCAUAUCUUUGGUCAUGAGGGAUUUCAGACUUGGAGGAGCUCAGUUCACUUGGAAAUUUUUAUUGAUGGUUUCUGCCUACGAGCUUAAUAGCUGCUACUUCAGCUGGGCUUCUCUUGCCCAUGUGCUGGAUGUGACAGAAUGAAGCAGGCACGUAGUCCAGUGAUACCCAAGAGAUUUUAACAUCAGUGACUAAAUAAUGGUGACAAAUGUACAAGUUCUUGGCUGGCUUUUGAUGCAGUCAACUGAUGUUAAAGUAUCUGCAUAUCAAAACAUUGUUAAUUUUACAGUAUGAAAAAUAAAUUGCCUUUAGAGCCUGUGGCAGACGUGGCUCAAUAGGCAAGACAAAGGCAUAUCCCAUUCAUUCAGUGCUCUUUAAUCUUGGAUGGAGAGAUGUCCAUGAUGGACAUCUGUCUAAACUAAUCAUUGGGAAGACUAUAGAGUGAAACUUGCUGUAGGCUUGUACCAGAAAGCUAACAAAAGCACAAAAGCUUGGGUUUUUGGGGGUUUUUUGGGUUUGUUUUUUUUUAAUUUCUUGUCAGGCUUGGCGAAUUUUCAUUAGUUGCAAUGCGCUCAUAUUGAAAAUACUCAUGGUCUGGUAAACUGGUGGAGCAGGGCCUCCAAGCAGCCUUUUAUUUUUAUGCAUAUAUUUUUCUGCAACAGUUUGUAAUGUGCCUGACUAUUCCACGUGAUAAAUUGAAAUGUUUCUGUUUUGUGUAUCUGUACCUUAAAUUUAUGUGCUGCUAACAGCUGCCUUAGUGCCAGUGCUAGAUGUGGGUAAACAGAGCAAGCAAAUAAUGCUGAAAUCAAAGUUAUUUUCUUCUAAUGGUUUUGGCCUGUAUUUGUGCAGAAGAGAUGUUGUGUGUGCAGUGAGAGUCAGAGCAAAGGUGUGGAAGCUCUCACCUGUCCAGUCUGUGGUGUUCAGCAGCCAGAGCCAGAGCUCUGCUCCGGGUGCUGUGGCCAGGGCACCUCAGAGUAAUGCUGUACACUGAGUGAUACUAAUUUAAAAUACAGUCAAGACUAAAAUAAAAUUCACAGGAGCUCCCUUGCUUGAAUUUAGAGUCCAGCAGAUAGUUAACAUUUCUGUAGAAAAAUGGUGUUAUUCUGUUUGCCAUAAGGAAGAAAGAAAAGUAUGUUUUAAUGAAAUGCUUUCAUUUAAAAUAAUUUUUUUUCUGGUGCUUACAAUGAUCACUGUAGCUAUUGCUGUAUUGCUGUGUGCUGGAGAAAAUAAACCACUGAAC